ACACUUUAACCUCUUCCAUUUUCACAUUUACUUUAAAGUUCAAAUCAUUUGCUUCUGAUCAUGGCUCCAAUUGCUGUCGGCAAUGUUGUACCAGACGGAUCAAUCUCCUUCUUCGACGAGAAUGAUCAGGUCCAAACCGUUUCCGUUCACUCUUUCGCCGCCGGUAAGAAGGUCGUUCUCUUCGGUGUACCUGGUGCUUUUACCCCGACCUGCAGCAUGCAGCAUGUGCCUAGUUUCAUUGACAAAGCAGAGGAGCUGAAAUCAAAGGGUGUUGAUGAGAUCAUUUGCUUUAGCGUGAAUGAUCCAUUUGUGAUGAAGGCUUGGGGAAAGACAUACCCAGACAACAAGCAUGUGAAGUUUGUAGCAGACGGGUCAGGAGAAUACACAAAGCUACUCGGACUUGAGCUUGACCUCAAGGACAAGGGUCUUGGUGUUAGGACAAAGAGAUUUGCUAUGUUGUUGGACAACCUUAAGGUGACUGUCGCCAAUGUUGAAUCUGGUGGCGAGUUCACUGUUUCAAGCGCCGAUGAGAUCCUCAAGGCUCUCUAAGAAAAUUUAUCAGUCUCUUUUGAUUGUUUUUGUGCAUGUAAAACCGCUGCAUGUAAAAGUAGUUUGCUUGUAGCCUUCAGACAAUAAAGCUGGCAUAAUAA